UGUAAGUUGGUUUUUAUUUUUUUUCAUGUAUACUAAGGAUAUGCAGGACGCGUUACACGUAAAAACCAGGUGAAUGUAUGUGCCUGUGUAACGGAUGCAAUUGAAUGCGACGAAUGUCAGUUAGAAGAGAGAUCAUUUUCAUAGCAGCUAAAAAAUGUCUUUAAAUAAAUACCCGUUGGCUUAGUUGCUCGAAUAAACAACGAAAAGCGAUGUCGACGCUGUUCAAAUGAACGGUAAUGGAACGAGGGUGUUAUCAACAAUUAUGCGGGGAGGAAAUGAUGUGUAACUUUGCUCUCGUAAUUCGAGGUUUCCCAGUGAAACGGCGAUUAUGAAUAUUAUUUACGACUCCGAGAAUCUGUAUACCUCGGAAGAAAUAUAGAAAGGAAGAGACGGUGCUAAGUCGUACCAACUUCCGUUCCUGGCCGUACAUUUUAUUUGAGUGAAAGUGAAACUCACCUUUCUCGCUUAGUCUCCUUCUGGACGGGCCUCGAAAUGAUUGCUUUCGGCAGUUCUCAGACGACGAAAGAUACGUCAUUGGAAUGGUCUUUAUGCCGCGCAAUAUGCACUAAAACCAGGCUGACAUUUAGGACCUAUCUUACUUUAUAUAAGCGAAAGACGUAUCGUUGUUAUCGGCGGUAAUUGUAGGGUAGGAUCGUUAAACUGUCGGCCGCAUUAUUUAUUUACUUAUUUUAUUAUACCGUAUUCAGACUUGUGUAAGAAAUUUGAGGAGUACGUCGAUUAAAAUGAGCAAAAUGAGCGUUUCUUGAAAAAAGAGUGCAGGAAAAUGUAGGAUAGAAGUUACCCGAAUCGGACGCGUUUCGGUUCGGGUAAGUUCUACGAAACGAGAAGCGAGCGGGUGGUCGCCGAAGAGGAAGAGGAAGAGGAGAGAGAGAGCUGCCUCCCACCUGGUCGAGCCGCGACCUCUCUUCCCUCUCACUCGGCCGGCAACUAAAACUCCGGGAUGUUUUGCGAUCCGGCACAGUCCGAGUCUUCGAUCGGCGUCGCGCGAAUUGUGGAUUUGCCGGAUCGCGGAAAGGGGUUAAGUGGUUUCGAGGAACGGAUAUAAGGACGGGAACGAGAUGGCCGCCGCGGCGAUCCCGCAGCUCCUGCAGCUCUUGGCGGCGACGCUCGUCCUCGGGGGUGGCGCCCUCGCCGCUGCCGAAGCCGAUCCCGACCCCGACCCCGAGCCGAGACUCUCGCAGUUUCAGGGCCGACCGCCGCCGGAGUUGCGCCCCCAACUUUCGGCGUCCCAGCAAGCCCAGAUCCUCAGCGACGUCCAGCAACAUCAGCGUCGUUUCGACCUCUCGUCGGUCCAAAAUCAUAAAUCCCCGGUGCCUUUCCCAGCGACCACCUCCCUGGCCAAAUACAAGGUAGAUCGUACGAGCCAGCAACAGCCCCGUCAGGCGCCGAACUACCGAAAUUACCUGCAGGACCAGCAAUACCAGCAAUACCCCCAGUUCCCGGCAUUGCCAGCCAAUUAUCAGAGUCUUCGGCAGGAUCUCUCGCAGCCCUUCUUCAGCGAGCAGCAGACCUUACAGCUGCAGGCAUAUCUGGACAAGCAACGCCAACUGGAUCUGCUGCACAAGCAACGGGAACAGCUGUUGCUGGAGCAACAGGAGCUGCGUCGACAGCAGGAGCUGCUGCAUCGGCUCGCGUCCACCACGCCUGCUCCCGUUGCUACCACCACCUUGGCUUCCCCCGUUCCGUAUACCACGUAUUCGUCGCUGUUGCUGCCCUCCUCACCUUCGAGAAGGAUCACUCCGUCCGAGGCUGACCUCUUCCUGCGCGCCAUCUCGAAUCACCACAAGAAACUAGCCGGCUCGACUACUCCUAGGUAUCGGUCGACGAGUUCGAAGCCGGAACAGGACUCGUCCCGGGAGUCCGCAAGCAACGAAGACUCCAGCCAGGAGUCCCAGCCGAGUGCCGGAGAAAGAAGCAAAACCCUUCCCAAAGUGUCCUAUCGAACCGAGAAACCCCCCGGCAGACAGAGAUUCUCGUCCAAGAGCAAGGCACAGUCCCCGGGAGCAUCUUCCCUGGAACGUGAAUUGUUGCUGAAGCAGCUGAAAUUGGCCCUCGCCCAAUCGGAUCCGGACGACGCCGAAAGAAAUGUCACCACCAGGGACUUGGUCCUUCCCAACGGGAAAAAGCUGCAGGUGAUCCAUGCCCCGAGUGGUCUGUCGUCGAUAGUGCCAACGUUGGGUUCGACCACGCCGACGACCUACAAGCCCCCGAACGCCAUUUUGGAGGAAUUAACGAAAGGCGUUCUGCCCCCUGGAGCCGAUUUCGAAGUAAUAAGACACAAGGAUGACGGAAAAUUGGAGGACCUGGGUCGCGUGCCCAUCCAAAAUCUGCCUGCCAAAAGGGUGACUUUCGUCGUUCUCGAAGAACAACCCGAUGGUAGCUACAAGGUCCAAGGUGUCAAAGGAAACGCGGAAAAGGACCAGGGCACCGACGUCGACUCCAUCGUCAGGAGAAUUCAAAACGGGGAAUUGAAAUUACCACCCCCGACUUCGUCUUCGGUAUCCAGCGUCGGAUACGCCUCCACCGAGAAGUCUUCUUCUGGACAUUUGACCUUCGUUGAUUCCGUCAGCUCCCUGUCAACGACUGUCGGACCGACCGUCUCUUCCUCCGAAGCUGCCGAUGCCAAGUACAACGAAAGCAACUUUGUAUCGGGUAAUUACCCCUACGUGACGACGUCGCCGAAUUUCUUGUCCUCGACCGAGAAGUACUUGACCUCGGCCUCGAGUUCAUCGGGUCACGUCUACAACUCGGUGGGGUCAUCGAGCCCUAAGUCCAUCCAGGAAGGUCAGUCGUCCUCCCCGAGGUACCAGAGUUCGACCAGAAGCCACUUCAUCCCGACAAUGGCGCCCGUCGACGAGAUAGUCACGACCACGCCCUCGCCCAUCUACACGCCGACUUUCUCGCCGACCUUCGCGAGUUCGUACCUGCGCUUCGGCCCCUCGAGAGCGCCGACCUCGCCGACCUCGCCGACCUCGCCGACCUCGCCGGCCUCGCCGGCCUCGCCGGCCUCGCCGGCCUCAAGGUCGAUCGCGAGCCCCUCCAAGUCCGGCAACGUCAUCUACGAAGAGGAGGAAGCUACCUUCGAGAAGGUCACGACCCCGCCCGUCCAGGACGUCAAACCCAAGGUCGACACCCUGGCCGAUGUCCUGAAGAAGGAGGGCCUCUUCGCCAUGGCCAGGUUCCUGAGACAAUCGGGGCUGGACAAUGUUCUCAAUGAAACAGGACCCUAUACUAUAUUCGUGCCAACCGAUAAAGCAUUCAGGGCCCUAUUGGUGCAAUUGGGAGGACCAGAUAAAGCCGAACAGAAAUUCCGCGACAAUCCGAGACUUCUCAGCGGGUUGCUCCUGCAUCACGUGAUCCCCGGAGCCUUCAGGAUAGAUUCCCUCCAAGAUGAAAUGACCGGAGUGAGUUUGGCUGGGACACAAUUGCGCGUUAACGUGUACGCAAUGCAUGACCAUGAGUGGAACGACAUUACGCUGACGACUGUAAACGGUGCCAGGGUCGCCCCGAAUAAACGCGACAUAGAAAUCCCCCAAGGCAUCGCUCAUGCAGUCGACAGAGUUAUGUUCCCACUUCCGGUCGGCGACCUCGUACAAACUCUACAAGCCGACCGCGAGAGGAGAUUCGGCACCUUCUUGAAGAUCCUCCACGCCUCCGGCCUCGAGAACACCUUUACCGGAACGAAAACCUUCACGAUAUUUGCGCCAACCGACGCAGCUUUCGCCUCAGCCGCAGCUGCGUCGGAUAAUGGAGCUCCGAUGUGGAGUGAAUCGGAUGGGCCGGAAUCUGCGAAAGCCAUCAUUUCCAGGCACGUAGUACCGACAACCCUUUAUACAGCGGGGAUGAGGUACUACCACCAAAAAGACACCCUUCGCCCCCAGGCUUCGCUUCAUAUUCACAAAAAUGGAGGUCGAAUUCGAGUGAACGAUGCUCAAGUAAUAACGUACAACGUACCGGCGACAAAUGGGGUAAUUCACGCAAUUGAUGCAGUUCUGUGAAUACGUACCGGUAGAUCUUGAAUUAAGCAGACACGUCUCCAAAGCUCAUUGUCAGAGGCGGUCAUACCGAAUGAAAAGGAACCGAGUAUUUUAGCUUUUUUCCUUGCUCGGCUGAUAGGAAAAGAAUAGCGCUAACAGCAAUCCAAAGAAAGGAAGAAGCGAAGCUCGUGCUAUUGGAUCGACCAUUGUCGUACCGUUAACAAAGUCGCGGCCUUAAAAGAAUGGGAUGAGAUUUUACAUUAACUUAAAAGGAAGUAAUAAAAGUAAGUACGUAGGGUAAACCCUGUUGUAGGCGAUUUAAGUACCGUCUCUGAAAUCGAUCGACAAAUUCCUCGAAUGUCCUCUAAGCCUGAUAUCGAAGACUCGAAAGGGGACGAAAUUGUCAUGACAAUUGUAGAUAAAUAAGAAUAUCGGCAAUGUGUAGGGGUUUAGAUGAAUCCUUUUUACCAAAUUUUUCGAGCUCUGUUUCACUUCACCUUAACGAAAAUCGGAUGCAUUCGGAAGCGAAGUCGAUCGAUUUAUCGAGCAACGGCUAGCUCAGGAUGAAUGCCAUAACUCGAAAGGCAGAAAUGAGCGAUGCCGGAUUAAUUUGUGAAAGCUCAAGAUUUAACAGGACCAUUAUAACAUAGUUCAGCAAAUACUAAUUUAUAUUAUAUACCGAGGAUCGUGCAUACAAGCGCGCACAUAUUACACAUGGGUUUAAGCAUUAUUGUAUAGAUUAGAUAUUGCAACUCCGUGUAUAGUGACUUAUAUCGUAGUUCAUAGUAUUUUAUAAAUAGAUAUGUACAGAAUUUUUCCAA